AUGGAUCUUCCAAAUGGUCAACCACGACACCUUGGUAUUACACUACCCAUUGCCUUGAGCUAUCCUACCCCAAGAGAAAUUGAGGUUACCGACUUAUUAGUUCAAGAACUCAUUGCUCAGGGAACUUUUGAGAGCGAAGAAGAAAGUAGACGCCGAGAAGUUGUUUUAGGAAAGCUUGAUAAAUUAGUAAAAGAGGUCGUAUAUAAGAUAAGUAGAGAAAAAGAAAAACUACCCGAACCUGAUGCUAGGGAAGCCGGAGGAAAGAUUUUUACUUUUGGAUCUUAUAGACUUGGUGUUCACGGUGCUGGCACGGAUAUUGAUACAUUAUGUGUGGUUCCAAGACAUGUAUCUCGAGAAAACUUCUUUUUAGUGAUGCACGAAACUCUUUCGAAACUUGGUGAUGUAAACGAAUUAACCAGCGUUACCGACGCUUAUGUUCCAGUUAUUAAAAUGAAAUUCCAAGGCAUUGCAAUUGAUCUUGUAUUUGCAAGAUUGAAUUUGCCACAAGUACCUGAUGAUUUGGAAUUGAGAGAAAAUUCACUAUUAAAAAGCUUAGAUGAGACCUGUAUAAGAAGCAUAAAUGGAUCACGUGUAACAGAUGAGAUUUUACGCCUCGUACCCAGUAUACCUGCAUUCCGUACAUCAUUAAGAUGUAUUAAGCUUUGGGCGAAAA